GCGCUACUAUUAUGUUAAUGAUAUUAUAAUGUCCAGCUGUAUUCAGUAGUAGUUGUAAGGCAUGCGCGGUGUCUCGACCAGAAAAUAGAGAAGAUUAAAAGUUAUUUCUUUGGGCUAUUUCAUCGUCAUCAUUUCAAGACUACUUUAAGAUGUUUGGGUUUUACAAGACCAAGAUAUAUCGCAGCAAUGAGGGCUGUUGCAUAUGCAAAACAAAGUCAUCCAGCUCAAGAUUCACAGAUAGUAGCAGAUAUGAGGAGACAUUCAGACUCUGCUUUGGACUAUCAGAAGACCGUGUGGGAGAUAUCUGCAAUGCGUGUGUCCUGUUAGUAAAAAGAUGGAAAAAGCUGCCUCAUGGAUCAAAGAAGAAUUGGAAGCAUGUUGUGGAUGCAAGAGCAGGCCCUGGGUACAAGCCACCCAAGCCCAAGAAGAUCAAGAGUUCUGAAGGAAAGUCUAAAGCCAGACUGAAGAGGCUUCACCAGCUUGGCAGACAGAACUCCGAUGCUCACAGCACGUGCAGUACCUCGCCGUCUCAGUCACCAAGUUACAGUAACCAUUCAGACGACGGGUCAGACGUGGAGUCAAAACACAGACGCACUGCUCCUUCCAUGUUCUCCUUCCUGGACCUCUCAUAUUGGAAAAGGCAGAAGGUAUGCUGUGGUAUUGUAUACAAGGGCCGUUUUGGUGAGGUCAUGAUCGACCCCCGUCUCUUCAAGCCCUGUUGCCGCUCCAGACAGCAGAAAACGUUUGCUCCAGAGCUCGAAGACGGUGUAGCUGAGGCGUACUCACCAGUCGGGGACAUCACAGACGUGCCGUCCUCUAUGCUUGGGGAGGACCAGAAGGAGACUCGGUGAUCCACCUUGCGAUUGUCUCCUGCGGUGCCUCUAGUUUUGUCUCCAGUGGAAGACUUCACCUGUGAGGCACACUAUAUUUUGUGGACUUCAAAACCUUUAGUUUCCUAAAGUGGAAUUGUUUUUGUAAUAAAUGCCAUAUUUUUUUGAUUUAUAUUUUUUUUCUUAAGAAAACAAAAACUAAAAAAAAAAAGUUGGGCAUUAGCAACUAUUUAUAGGAAUAGUUUUCCUGAUCUACCCACAAAAGGGAAUUAUCUAUUUCAUUUGGACUGUAAAGAGUCUUUAUACUGUACUUAAUGUAAGCCAGAUAAUUGGUUGUCUUCUGUAGUUUUUGUCUUUGUGUGUGUUAAAGCACAGAACAAAGCACAUUUUUUCUAUUGAAUUUAUAGACUGUAAGCCUAAUUUUCCUGCGCAGCUAUAGGGCAUAUACUCUCAAGGGAUUGUUUCUUAUUUCAUUUGUGUACAUUGUAAAAUUGCCAGGUCUCAGGGUGGUUUUGGAAAACAAUGGCUUUAGUUCGGGUAACUUAACAGAAAAGAGUGGUUGUAUCAGUACAUGAUCUCCCAAGCAUAUGCAGCAUGUAAAAAUAAAAUACAAUCAUGUGUCAUCCAUGUGUUGGAGACCAUGUUGUAAAACGGUGUACGUGGUAUUGCAGGAUUGUGUAAUGAUGGGCUAUUUUAAAGCAGCAUUUUGACUCUAAUGAGUAUAUUUUUAUGUUCCGUUUCUGUCAGAAUUGAUUUUUUUCCCUAUUAUUGUUAUUAUUUAUCAUGUUUUUAAAUGGUGUAUAUCACUGACCAAAUGGCAUCAAAACUCUUAAAAUAUUUUUUUAAAAUAUGAAUAAUGAUUUGCUGACAUUAAUUUAUCGUUCAUGUGUAGAAGCUCAGGGAGUUCAUAUUGUGAACUCGACGUAUAAAGGAUUUGAAAACAUAAAUGUAAAGCUUAGCAAAGACUUCAUGACACUGCCUUCAACUCAGACCCACAGUUAGACCUCUGCUUGUUCCUCAGGAUUUUGUUAUUUAUGCAGACCUGUUGAAUGUGUGUAUGAUCCUUUGUCCUGUCACAGUUACUGCAAAUGCAGAUGUAGUCGCGGUCUUUUUGUAGACCUAAAGAGCUGAGCACUGCUCCACCAGAAUAAAGAUGUACUCACCAUAACACUAAAAGUCCUUUGGUAGGUGUUUGUAAGAUGGUUUAUGAAAUAAGAAUACAUAAAAUGCUGAAAUGAUGGCUUGUGUUAAUACACACCCCACCCAUAGUUGCGAAAUUCAAAAUUGAAUGCCAUUCAAGCAUUUGCCAGUCCUACAUUUAAAGAAACGUAUAGUUUAGAAGGUCACUGCUCUUUAUUUGUUCUCCAGUGUUGAGUCUCCACAUGUAAUUUAUUAUUUAUUUUUCAAAAUAUUUUGUACAUACCUGAUGCUGUCCAUUACCUCUUCCUAUAGUGCACUUUUGUGAAUCUUUAAAUGACCAAUGUUCAAGCAGAUACUAUUUUUUUAUACCUUAACUAUACCUUUGUAUUGUAAUAAACGGAACUAUUUGCAUCUUAA